GUACCGUCGAGUGAAGAACACGUCGCGUUGUUCAAUUUCUCUAUGUACGCCGAUAAUAUAACCUGCAAACUUUUUAAAGCUCCUUUUACGUGCACCAAUGCACGAAAGCUGCUAAAAAUAACUGGGGUUCGCGCGCUCUCGUCCGCCGCAACCGGCAUUCGUUUUCACUACUCACACUAUUUCUGUCUAUAGAAAAGGAAUAAGAUAAAAUACAUGAAAAGAGAAAUAGAUAAACUCCUGUGCGGACAAUGAGAAAAGUGCGAAAAAAAUAUCGAUAGUCGCAAAAGCGACAGUGACUUCCAAUGUUACAGUGAUUGCAGUGACUAUAUUUAAUUUAACGACGCAAACGCCGCUAAAAAAAUGGCGCUUGUAAUGUUACCCUGCGACCUGCCCUGGUGGACAUCAGUGCAGCGACAUUUGAAGCAUCUCCUCGUCGCUUCAUCACCUGCUAAAUUAACAGCUAGCAUGUUGAAAAUCCAUGACAUGUGCAAUAUAGGUAUAGAUCCAGACGACGAUGUCAGGGACCCGGAUCUAAUGAAAGGCUUCCAACAAUUUCUAGAGGAAGAGUUAUCGGACGAGGAACGAAGAACUUUCUUAGACAAUACAAUCCGAAUCAUGGUUAAUAGAGCAUUGCAUCUAAAAAGAUGGCGUCCUCCCAAAGGACUCAUGUUUAGUUUACAGCAGCAAAGUGACGUGACUGAACUCGACUACAAUUUUCUUUCGUCACUAGUUGCACACGCAUUCUUUUCUACUUUUCCAAAACGGACGCUCAAAACACAUCCGACAUUACAAGACUUUAAUUUUACGCAUUUUUUUAAAAAUUUACAUAGAAAAUCACAAAGAAAUAAAUUAAAAAGUCUACUUCAUUACUUUGAAUGGCUGGAUAAGAAUAGUAGUGAAGGAACUAUUAAAUUAAGUAGACAGGUAAUGACGUCAAAGCAGUGGUUGACAAUAGAAGACUGGUUGGAAUGCACGCUGCCGCUGUGCAAACUGUUGGUAAGACACGAGGGUAGGCCGGAACGAUGUGAGAGCGAUGAAGCACUGAGGGUCUGCUUUGCGUCCAGCAGAAUAGGUGGCGAGGUUCUACUUGAUGGAGAAUCGCAGGAAUCCUUAACAAUGUUCAUGAUGCCAGAACUUCUGCCUGCUAUGCUUUCCGUAGAGGCACUAGAAGACAACGAAGUUUUAAAAGUAGAGGGAGUUAGGAUGUUUAGCAGAAUUAGUAACAAAAGGCAGAAAGACAAUAUUGAACUUCUAGAUGAACCCAAAACUGUAACCGUAUGUUUAAUGGAUCCCGAAGAUUACAGCGCCUUACCACUAAGCCAAUUGGAAGAGGACAACAUCCUUCGAGAACUAAACAAAUGUCUAUUAGCAUUUCAACAAACGCCUAUGAAAAGCCGCGAAAUUCAAAAACUUGAACGACGACUGUCCCCUAUUGGAGAGUCGUUUAGCCAGACGCCAGAAGUGGAAACCACAGUAAUGAUAAAACAGGCAUCAUCCUGUAGUACACUAAACAGUAUCGGCAGUAGAAGCCCUUCCCCGCAAAAUUACAGUGCAACAGCCCUCAAUCUUAAUGAUCCAAGUGUGGAAUUACAAAAACGCAAAUGCUGGCUUUCGCCUGACGGCGGUACGUUGAACAACCGACGAGGCAGAUUCAUAGUGCUCGGCUCCUCUGGGGAGUGUCUACCCGUCACUAGAGGUUCGGGACUCUCGAACACGCAAGAGGACAGCCUGUAUUCUAGUUGCAACUCCAGUGACGACGAAUUUCAUAGUGCCAAUGAUAGUUUUGAUUACGGCAGCGAAGACGAAGGCAGAGGAGAAAGCGCGCGACCAAAUUCAUUCCAAUAUUCCAAAGAUUUAUCCACGGAAGAAAGAAGGAUGAGUUUCGCCGAUCGCCUCAGAGAGGCAUUACGGAGAGAGGCGGAAAAUUCAUGCACCACAAGUACGACCGGUGACUGGUCUACGGACAGUUCUAGUUACGCUGUCGGAAUAAGCAUAUCCGGAGCUGAAGUCAACGACAAUGAUAUUAGGGUAAAACGUGGCGGGUCUGUAGGUUUUGUAUUAACAGAGAAAGAUAAUCUAGAAAAUGGUAACCAACCACCGAGGCGGCUUCUAUCUAGAAAAGAGACAGGAAAUAGUUCAAAAUACAGCUUUAGUACUGAAUAUACGUCAGAAUUAGAAGAGGUUUAUGAGCAAUUUAACCAGUGGCUGAACGAUCCAAUCGUUGAUAAGGAAAACACAGAAAACAAAAACAGAGAACUGGACUCUCGUGAUUUAGCUGUGAUAAGAUUCGCCGGGUCGCUUUUAAAGCGAACGCUAAGCGAAUCAAUGGCGAGUGUGACAUGCGGAGCCGGUGCUGAUGCUGCAGAGCUAUAUGGGCGCGAUACACGCGAUAGAAUGGCGCCUCGUAGCCUCGCUCUAGCCGCUCGCUCUCUGUCACUGGAACUGGCAAGACAUCGACACCGACUCGCCGCACAUUUGAAACGUAAAGUAAGAGAAUCGAUACCAGAAGAUGUGUUAGAAAACACGAGUGCCAAUCGCGAUACAGAUGACAAUGAUUGCAACGAAAAGUCAUUCAGUUCGUCGACUGAAACGAACUCGACACAGUUCUCAAACCCCGCUGUAAGAAAGAAAAAUCUUAACUGGGUUGUAAAUAUGAUAGUCGAGACUAUAGAAGAGACUGUCGAAUGUGAACCAGUGACUAUUAAACUAAAAACGCCCAAGCUAAACCAGCUGGCUCACAAGAUAGUAACGGGAGGCAGUUGCCGCCCCGUCGCCACCGGCAACUGGGGCUGCGGGAGCCGUCAGCGCGGACAGCCGCAACUGAAAUUGCUGUUGCAAUGGCUGUCGGCUAGCGUGGCCGGCGUACCAGCCCUCAUAUAUUACACGUUCGGGAACGAGCAGUUAUUCAAACUGGACACCCUAGUAAGGGUGCUAACAGACAGGAAGUGGACAGUGGGGCAGUUGGCGCGCGCGGUCCUGAAGUUCGCGCGACAAACUCUCCACGAGCCGCACGUCAUCCCUGACAACCAGACGCUGUUUGACGAACUCAUCGGCAUUGAGAAAACCCCUGACGAUUAUUAAAGGCUUUAUCAUAAAUAAAAACGUACAAGUGCGAAUCAGGCUCGCGCACGAAGGGUUCCGUACCAUUAUAAAUAACUAGCUGAUACCGCGUUUCACCCGCGUACGGUGAUAAAAUAUAGCCUACUACCACUACACUCGCAAAUAACGUGGCUACGUGGCUUUCUAGUGGUAAAAGAAUUCAAAAUCGGUUAAAUAGAUCCAGAGGUUACAGCCUACAAUACCACAAUAUUACCUCUUUAUAAUAUUAGUAGGUAUAGAUAACAAGCAUAAAAAUCAUAUUGGAGCCCCAUAAAUAUUUAUAUUAUUAUGUUUUUAGUAUUUUUUUAAAUUUUUAAUUUUUAAUUGUUUAACUAUCACGGUUAAUGAGAUAUAGUUUGGUGACAGACGGACAGAAAUGAGACAGCAUAGUCUUAGUAAUAGGGUCUCGUUUUGCCCUUUGUGUACGGAACCCUAAAACGGUAGAUUACAUGUCGUCAGUGACGUGUACUGUACAGAAGUGUAUAAGUUCUACUUAUCCUAUGACAAAAGAAUUAAUUUACCUUAUUAUAAAACCGAAAUUU